GGCCCGUACAGUCAAUGAUAGGGCCUGAUGAGAGUUUAGUGUGCGCACAAUAACGCUGUCUCAUCCAGUUUCAGUUUUUUAGGUCUACAUUAUUGUUACAAACAAUGGCAGACGACGAAUUAGAGGCGAUUAGGAGGCAGAGGAUGGCGGAGCUACAGGCAAAGCACGGGGAUUCCUCAAAUAAUCAGCAAGGAGAAGAGGCCAAACAAAGAGACACAGACAUGAGAAACUCCAUACUAGCCCAAGUUCUAGACCAGUCUGCCCGUGCCAGAUUGAAUAAUCUUGCUUUGGUGAAGCCAGAGAAGGCCAAUGCAGUUGAGAACUAUCUCAUUCAAAUGGCUCGUUUUGGAAAGUUAGGAGGAAAGAUUUCAGAGUCAGGCUUGAUCGAGAUCCUAGAAAAAGUCAGUCAGCAAACAGAGAAAAAGACAACUGUCAAGUUCAACAGACGGAAGGUGAUGGACUCAGAUGAUGAUGAUGAUGAUUACUAACUUUCAACUGGAGCCCUGGAAUGAGCCAAGAAGUUGGGAGGGGAUCUGCUUCACUGGGACUCUUAUUAGCAUCUUUGACUAGCCUGUUCCUGUUAGCUGAAUCCUUGGAUGCCACACUAUCCUCUGUGUGUCUCUGGAAACUACAAACCAAGAGGGAGGAACAAGGAUGUGAAGUUGAUAUGAUGGCAAAAGGGAUUGGGGGGGUAAAAUACACAGUGUCUAAUAAGCAACUUGCUUUUUUCAAGCAGGUGCUAAAAAGUUGCACUGUUUGUGUUGUACUCCUGACACCCCAUGGCACUAUUUGCCUCCCCUGGUCCUUCUCAGUUACUCUUUUUUCCUUUAUUUUUUUCUGUUUUUCAAACACAAAAUACUAGACAAAAUGCAAAACAUAAGUGCUGCUGCUGCAUUUUAUCUAGACUGUGUGAAUAAUAUACAGUACAUUUUUCUCCAUUCAGGGCCACCAACUUUGGAUGUUGCACUUGGAUGUUUUCUUUUUGCUGACAUGAAUCUUGAAAGUUUACAAAAAAAAAAGGCUAGCAUAUAAAACUUCUAGUAUACCUUUUUUUCCAGUUCAGUUAUAAGAAUUUGUGUUUAACCCUCUUAAAAAGUUUUCUAUUUGAGAUGAUAUUCCAAGGCUCAGAUUUAUCACGGUUGUAAGAAUGGUCAAUGAAAAAUCUUUGCAGUAUCAUAAACUCAUGAUUCUUACCACCUAACAAAAAGUUUGACUGUAUCUGUAUGGGUUUGUUUUUUUGUUUUGUUUAGUUUGUUUUUUACAAUCUACAAUUUCAAGUUCUGGAUUUCAUUUCAGAAAUAAGAGUUAACAGAUUGCCAAAUGUAUCCAACUUCUUUUCAAAUAAAAGGCAUAAAGGAGAAACAUGGUUUUAUUGUUUGUACCCAA